CUGUAACCAUAUUGGGCCCAACUAAAAGCCCAAUUAAAAGAGGCCGGUCCAAAAUGAUACAAAAAUCUAACAAUCGUCUUAUUCCUCUUUUGUGGCAAAACCCUAACAAAAUCGCAGCACCAUUUACAGAAAACAAAGAAAGCAGAGAAAUAUCAAUCGGGCAAAUCCAUGGCCAACUCAUUGAUAAGAAAGACCCUCAUAUCGGUUAGAAAUCCAUUACUUUUCAAAUCUGCUUCAUCUCGUAAUUGUUACAUCAGCUCCAUAGCAACCGCGGAGCAACCCCAAUCCGAUGGCCCUUCUUUGUCGUUCACCUUCUCAUCUGACGGUCAACAAGAGCACAAAGCUGAUAAUAACAUAUACGUUAAGGCGCCAAGUUCUAAUCCCAGGAGGGAAACGGCGUCAUCUUCUUCAUCUGUAACGAUGCCCAUGUCAUUCAUGACUGGUUCUAUUGUGGGCAAGCGUUUUCACAAGCAGGUGACCAUAAGGGAAGCCGAUGAUGGGAAUGGUUGGACGGUGAUGCUUGAUUAUCGUACGCUCAAGACUCCUUCCAAGAGGCCCCUCAAGCUUCCCACUUCGUCUCUUGCUAAGGCCAUUGCUGCUGAGUGGGAAUACCAGCAAACAGAUGGUAUUAGACCCUUCACGAUGCCUCUUAUGAAGCUUGCUUGUACGGCAUCAGAAAGAGUUCCUUUGACGAGGCCAAAGAUUAUAGAGCACUUGAUAAAAAAAUUUAAUCAAGAUUUAGUCUUUUGCCGUGCCCCUGAGGACAAUGAUCUGACAAGUAACGUCUAUGCAGUUAACGUCCAGGCUUAUGUCCUGUUUGUCUAUGCGUGGCCUGAACAUGAAUUUUUGUAUGGUUUUUGGUUUUGGUUGAAGCAUUUUACUGGUGACUUACGGUGCCAUUUAAACUUUGUAGAGAAGCAAGUGGAGAAAAUUGAUCCUUUACUGGAUUGGGUGGCAUCAGAGUUUGGCUUUAAGCCUGUUGUGUACUCCAGUUUCUUUGGCGGAAAGCAGGAGGAUGGUCUGGUGAAGGCUAUGGAAAACUUUCUAAAGAGAACAGAUGACUGUGAAUUGGCAGUAGUUGAUGCUAUAGCAUCGGCAGCACACUCUCUUGUUAUUGCUGUUGGAUUAUUUCGGGGGAAGUUGCAGAUUGAGGAGGCAAUUGAAUUGAUUAGACUCGAGGAAGAUUUACAGGUGGAUAGAUGGGGUCUCGUUGAAGGUGGUCAUGAUGUGGAUAUUGCUGAUCUUCGGGUACAAAUAUCAUCAGCUGUUGUAUUCCUUGGUCUUUCGAGGAAGAUGUAAUCUCUGUGUAUAUAUUUGUUUGUUUUCUCUCCUUCAAAUUUAAAUUUGCUUUAGAUUGUCAACCUAAGAAUUAGCUUUCACAUUUUUGUUGUAGACAUUUAUAGAAGUCUUCCAUGUUUAAUGCUCAAAAUUCUGUCAAGAGUUUGUUUCUGAUUGACAAGAUGAGGUUGAAUAAGUAAUGAAAAAUAUCGAAAAGUGCUUCUUUUGGUCAAAUAAUAGGGUAAUUAUUAUGCAA